GCGGGGCCCGGGCCCGCCUGGUCUCCCUGGUGACGGCCGCGCGGAAGAGGUGGGGCCACGGCCCGGGUUUCCACUGCCUGGCUUCCCCGGGCCAUGGCCAGGAGCUGCGGCCUCCGAGGGUCUGCCAGAGGUAGCACAGAAGAGGUCUCAGCGGGGCAUCGCGGCGCGGGCAGGCUGAGUCCCGUGACUCCCCGUCGCUGUGGGAGAUGGUGGAGGAGCAUGUUCCCCUUCCAGAGCGGCCUGAAGUGAAGAGGAUUCUGGGGGAGGCGGCGGUGGACCUGAGCCUGGAGCUGCGGGCGGAGGUGGCGAUGCUGCGGGCACUGCUCCAAGAAUCGCGGUCCUCCCAAGACCCCGACUCCCACCCCAUCUCUGAUCCCUCCUCCCUUCUGGCACCACCGCCCCAUCUGAGAGAACUUGUGCGCCAGGAACUCCGGCAGCUGCUCCAAGGUCUCCAGCAGAAGGCCAUCCGCGAGGGAAGGGACCAGGCCCAGGCAUGGGCCCAGUACAGCCCCAGGGUCGUUCGCUUUGCCUUGGAGUCCAGGUGUGACUUGCCAGAACAGAUGUUCCAGAGGAGAGCUGGUGAACUCAGCAGUCACAGGGAACUCAGUGUCAUCAAGGACCAGCUGAGUAUUUCCAACAUUGACCAAGUUGCUGGACACCUGAGGGGCCGCCUGGAGGAGGAGUGUCGCACCUUGGAGAGGGAGAUCUCCACCCUGCAGUACUGCCUGGAAGCUGAGGCUCACCAGUCCUCCAAAGCAGCCCUAGAGCCCACCCUGGCAGGUGAGGAACCUCAGCAGGCCCCAGAGCACCUGGCUUCUGCCCCCACCCCACAUUGGGCACAUGUUGGAAGGGCUGUCUCAACUGUGUCCUCAGAGCUAAAGGAGCAAAAGAAGGCCAUGGAACAGGAGCUGCAGGCCCCUCUGGCCCCUUCCUGCAUCUCCCCCAAACAGAGGCAACAGCCCUUGGGGUCCUCUUUUCGGCACCUUAGACCCUGUCCUUGCCUCCGUGGGGCUGCUGGAACUUGGGCCAGGCCUCCCCGAGGCUACCUUCCUACACCUCCUUUGGAGCAGUGUCCCCAGUCUCGAGGCCCGGCCACCACCCACUGCUGGGGACGGCAGCUUCGGUGCAGCUGUCGGGAAGGGCCAGCUUCCACACCAGUGUCCAGUGCUGUGCCCCAGGCCUCAACCUGAAGUAGGCUUCUGCUUCUGCUGGAACUUGCCCUAUCUGCUGCUGCCACCUCUCAGCUGCCAUGGCCCUGCCAGCUUCAGGUCUAGUCCUGCAUGAGCUCUCACCAGAGUCUGAAGGCUGUUUGUGUGUCUGGCCCUUGCCCCACCCCCUUGCCGGUCCCUGGUGUCUAGGGGUGAGUGGCUGAACUGGCAAAGCCUUCAAACUUUCUCCUCCAAGGCCACCACAAAGGCUUGGCCGACAGACGUCUCAUCCCAGCCCUGACUUUUGUCCCCCAGGGGACCCAGACAAAGCACAGCAGCACCUCAGACAGGAAUAGAAAUUUCAUUAAAAUCUAUGGACUUUAAAA